GGCCCCCUGAGGUGACAUUAUAAGACUUUGUAUAAAAAUAGAAAUGAACAGGGCAAUAUGCUACAUUUGCCUGCAUUUAAAACGCAUUAGCCUAUAUGUAUUUGUUCUUUUUUAUUUACUUUUUCGAAUUAAGAUUCGAAAUAUGUAUUUUCCAUUUUGAAUUAAAAUAUUUUUUAACAAGUUAAUUCGAUUACCACAUUCGUGCACAAAAUGUUCAUGUUCUUAGUGUUAUGGCUAGUGUGGUUUAAUUUAUAGUUUAUAGGGAAAAGUUCAGUUGUAAAUGUCUAAACUAAUUUGUGGCAGGUAAAAUAAGAGUAUUACAACGAAAAAAAACGGAGUUACAGACGUUUAAACAAAAUCCCUAAAAUUGUAGUAAUGUCCAUUAAGUCCUAAUUUGUGUUCGCUUUUAUGCUAGUUCACGCGGCACGUCUUAGUCAAAAAGCAGCCCUAAAUAACUCCUAAAUAAAGUAUGUUGUUAUCAAAAUCGCCCUCCAGUCCUACCCAAAAAGAAAAAAAGCGGUUUCAAAGUUUUCAUAUGUCAAAUGUUGACAAACAUGAUGCAUGCGCGCGCCUGUCAUCGUGCGCGAGGUACAAUGAUGUCACAGCGAGGCGCGAGGAGACCGGAGAUUCGCCCAGCGCUUUACAGUGCUAAUAAAGAGCACCUUCUUGAGUUAGUCACCCACAGCAGUGUGUAGGACAAGUGCAGGGAGAGAGAAAAAAGCCGCUCUAGUGAUUGAUAUAACUAAAUCGAGCAUCUGGGCUGCUUUACGUGUCUUUGACGUGCGCGCGUGGUGAGCCCUGAGUUGAGCUAUUGACAAAACACUCUUUAUUGAGCAAUCCGGGGCGGACAUAAGUGCUGAUUGUCCGCAAUUGACAAGCAGCGGAGAAGCCAGGGGGCCUUUGCGCUUGAUGAUGUCUUUUCUUGCGGGUCACUGAGAGGAAUCAAACUUAUCUACAAAAGGAGGACACAGGUACAGGUGCUGCGCUCGAGUCAUGGACAGCGCGCUGUACCACUCAGCGGGAAUACUCGGCGCCCCUUCGGCUCCGACUGGAGGAAGCAUGAUCGCGAGCUCCAAACCUCUCGCUUUUUCGAUCGAAAGGAUUAUGGCCAGGACGCCCGAACCAAAGUCAAUACCGUUCCCGAACUUGUUCCACGCUCCCGUGGGGAAAGCGGAGCCCAAGCAGUCUCCCGCCCCGCUGCACUGCAUGAUCCCCCUCAUGCCGCUCGCCUGCGAGCCGCCUCACAAACUUCACAUUAAUGGAUUAGACCACCCUGACGCUUUUUCGCACAACGCGAACGAGUUGCUGAGCAUCGGGUUGAAUUAUAAGAACGAGCAGCAAGACGCGACCCCGGCCAUCGGACAGUACAAACUCUUCCGGCCGCGCGUGGUCAACCAGUCGUCGUUCCACGCGAUGGGCGCCGCCGUCUGUUACCUGAACUGCGGGGAAAGCGCGUGUCCGCCUCACGCGGGUCUGGUGAACCUGCACCCCAUGGCGUCGUACCUCCUCAACACGCCACUGCACGCGCGCCAGAAGAGCCUGUUUUCCUCGGAGAAGAGCAAACCGGGCGCCGCUGCGGACAGGUGUCCUCCUGGCUUGUCUUUUAAAGAGCUUUCUCACUCUCACCUGCAUCAUUACAUGAAGGAGAGCGCGCACAUCUUGUCGGAGAAGUUGUUCAAGAACUCCGCGGCCAAAUUAAACAGCGGGUCUCCUCAAACCAAACCAAAGGUGUUCACCUGUGAAGUUUGUGGCAAGGUGUUCAACGCGCACUAUAAUUUAACGCGUCACAUGCCGGUUCACACUGGCGCCAGACCGUUCGUGUGCAAAGUGUGCGGCAAAGGGUUCAGACAAGCGAGCACUCUGUGUCGCCAUAAAAUCAUCCACACUCAGGAAAAACCGCAUAAAUGCAACCAAUGUGGCAAAGCUUUCAACCGAAGUUCAACUCUCAACACUCAUACACGAAUUCACGCCGGAUACAAACCCUUCAUUUGUGAAUUCUGCGGGAAAGGAUUUCAUCAGAAAGGAAACUACAAGAACCACAAACUGACUCACAGCGGAGAAAAACAGUUCAAGUGCAAUAUCUGCAACAAAGCCUUCCACCAGGUGUACAACCUCACAUUUCACAUGCACACGCACAACGACAAGAAACCUUUCACUUGUCCGACAUGCGGAAAGGGUUUCUGCAGGAACUUUGAUCUUAAAAAACACAUUAGGAAACUGCACGACAUUUCCCCAUCAGGAUCCCACUCGCCAUCGACACCCACCGGAAACAUGGAGGGUCAGUAAAAUCCCGGAGAGUAAAAAUGCUCCGGAAAAAUCUAUUCGCGCAUGCAACGUUUUAUUUUUUUAAAUGUAUUUUUUAACACUAUUAUUUGUAUAAUUUUGAGCGACCGUCCUCAUUGUUGAAGCUCGUCUGUGAAUGGUAGAUUAUUACAUGAUUCUUUUUACUCUCAGGGUAACGACAGUCUUAUUUAUUUGAAACUGCUGUUGUCAUUUACUUAAAGAGAGUAAUUGAAACCCGUAUAUGGAACAUUGAUUCUCGUGACCGCUGUGUAUUUUAAACUCCAUUUUAUAUGUUUAUUAUUUAUACAGUUCUUUGUAUUAGCUAUACUGUUUGCCGACUGUAAACGUUUUGUUAAAUCAAUGUGAAUAUAUAUGCAAGGCUUGUUGUAUAUUUCCAAUGACAUCUGAUCUGUCAAAAAGAUUAUAAAACAUAUGAUAAAAGGGUUGGGAAUCCAAAUAAAUAAAACAUAUCUUAUGCUAUA